GGGAAGAUGCCUCCAGAGCCAAAGGAAGCUGGACCUCUCUCAGGACUCCUGUUUCAGUCAAAUUUAUGAGGUCUGAUUGGGAAACUCCAUCAUAUUCAUACUUGACUGAGACUGCAACUUGGGAAAGCUUCCCUGGAAGUACUGCUGUCUGGAAAUCAGAUAUUUGAGCAGCUAUGGAAGGCAAGGGGCCUUAUCGUAUCUAUGACCCUGGUGGGGGGACGAAAGAGGAAGAAUCUGCUGCCCUUAAGGAGCUGCUAGAAGAAAAUAUCAGGCUGAAAGAGAAGAUGCAAGGCAUGAAGUCUCUAGGGGAGCUGUUGGAAGAAUCUCAGAUAGAAGCAUCCAGAUUGAGACAGAAAGUGGAGGAUUUAGUGCAGGACAAUGACAUUCUCAGGUUAACCUCUUCUCUUGACAAACUUGCAGAAAUAGCAGGAGAGAUCCCAGACCUUUGUUCAUCCUCAGACGUUCCAGGUGAAAAUCAGAAGGACAUGGAAAAAGCCACACCGAAGCCGUCUUCCAGUGGGUCUUCAUCUGAGUUUGAAAUUGUAGGAGCUGAAGAUAAGAGGUCUUUCCCAGACAACAGCAGGAAACCUCAGGGUAUAGAGCCAGUUCCCAAUGAAGACGCCAACCUUAUGCUCCACCUUCAGCGCUUGGAGAACACGCUUAGCCUCUUUGCCGAAGAGUCCGAUAAAACACAGCUCUUUGCCCAUCUGGGGCGCAUGGCUCUAGAGUUUAACCGCCUGGCUUCCAAAGUGCACAAGAAUGAACAGCGGACUUCCAUUCUUCAGGUCCGAAGCCUUCUGGCGUUGUGUGAACAGUUACGGAAUGAGAAUGAGGAACUGAGAACCAAGUUGGAAAAGGAACUGGAGCAAAGGAACCAGAUCUCUGAGAAACUGAGAUGUGAGAAUCUGGAGCUUAGGAAGAUGGUGAUGAUGGGCAACAAAGAAGGAAUGAAAGCAGAAAGCACUGAGUUUGCAGGACAACAACAGAAGGGGGCAGCAGAGGAGAAAGUGACAGUGAAAAGCAUGUUGGGGACAAGUGAGAAGAAAGUAAAGAUACUUGAGCACCAGCGAAAUGAGCUAUUGGAAGUGAAUAAGCAGUGGGACCAGCAUUUCAGAUCGAUGAAGCAACAGUAUGAGCAGAAGAUAACAGAUCUACGGCAAAAGCUUGCAGACUCCCAGAAGGCUGGGGGUGAAAUGGAGGCUGAGCGGGAGCAGAAGCAGAGGGAUUUUGACCGCAAGCUUCUCCUAGCAAAAUCCAAGAUUGAAGAAGAGGAGGCAGAAAAGGAGAGACUUAGUGCAGAGGCAAAGGACCUGAAACAGAGAGUGAAGUUGCUUCAGGAUCAACUGACUUCAAUCACCAAACAAAAAGAGUAUCAGGAGAAGGAGAUUCUCCGGCUAAAUAAAGCCUUAGAAGAAGCCCUGGCCUUCCAGGCUUCUGCUCCCCCUCAGUCUGCAUUCAACAGCUCCGCUGACCCUUCUGUAAAUAUCCGGCAGCAGGAAGUGAUGACUCAGAAUGAUCUCCUGAAGCAGCAGGUGAAGAUCUUUGAGGAGGACUUCCAGCGGGAGCGGAGCGAUAGGGAGAGGAUGAAUGAGGAGAAGGAGGAGCUGAAACGGCAGGUGGAGAAGCUUCAAAAGCAAUUAAUGCUUACCAACAAUCAGCUGAGGACCUUUAAAGAGGACUACCAGAAAGAGAAGGAGGAGAAGGACAAGUACAAGAAAAUGCUAAAGCAACACAAGCAGCAUUCUGGUGACAGACUCCACCAAGAGAACCCACAGCCAGCACCAGUGGCCCCAGUCUGCCCCAUGUACCAGUUCCAGUACAGCCCUCCAGCCCAAGCACACCUGUAUCGUGGUUACGAGGAUUGGCAACAAAUCAGAUACCCGCCCUCAGCCCUGGCCAGUGAACAGCCUCCAGUUCAGAAUUACCACCGUUUUCCUCCUCCAGAAUAUAAUUGGUACCCACCACCAUGUGUUCUGUCACAAAAUCAGAACUCACAAGCAGUGGAUGGUGUGAAACAAUUCUCCAAAGAUUCGGACCCUACAGGCCUCGGAUUACCUAAAAAUCAACGGCCCACUUAGUCUGUGUGGUGCUAUAUUUAAGCAUCUAAAAGUGGAAAUGCAGAAUUCUUGUGAACCCACUUGUACAGGUAGCCUCCUUGUGUUUUUUGGACACUGUUCACACUUGUGCGUGUAUAUAUGGGACAUAUAACUUGGACACUUGGGAUGACAGUGGCUUUAGCCUGGCUUUCUGAAGAUCUACAGUAUGUCAAAGAGUGACCAGUGGCCUAUUACUUCUGAAAAGCCUCCUAUUGCGAAACCUAUUUGGGUUUCUCUUUCUCAGACUCAGUUGCAAGUGAGACUCCAGUACCACGCACAAUAUAUGGUUGUUGCUGUUAUUACACAGGACAUUCAGGUCUCCUGCACCAAAUGGACAUACAUUUCAUUGAUUAUCCUACUAUAUGACAGCUUUCCAUUGAUAACACGACGUCUUCUCAUUUACUGGAAGCAAAAAUAUUGUCUGUGAGAAUGUCUUUUGGAGCGUAAUUAUCUCAUUGUGGCCAGUGCUCCAACACUUGGAGGGGUUUCAAGGGAGAAGGCAAAAAGAAAAAGGAAAUUACAUCACUUUGUAUGUGUGUUUUGUUUUCUGCUUAUUAAUGUCUAUAAUGUAUAGGAAUAAAAAUGAAAUAUACCUUGCCUAUUUUCAAUAUCUAUUUUAAAAUUUUGCAAUUCUAGUUCAGUGGUUUAACAAAGAAAAUGUUGAUUUGAUUAUUUACUAAACAGUACUGUACAAUGUCUCUUCAACUUAGUAUAUGUUCAUGUCCUGCACUAGAUACUCUCUUUAUUCAUAUAUUUGAAACACCCUUCACUUGGAAUGUACCGAGUAUCCUUUUACUAAAACUCUACCUAGUCUCUUAUUAGUCUCCCAGCAAAGAACACAAUGAAACUGAAACAAUUCGUUGAAAUCUUAGGUUGGGAAAUACCACAGCAGAUUCUGGACCUCAGUUUCUAUGUGUCAUCUAGCUGCCCUGUUUUGGAGAUUACAUGCUGUACUAGAUGUCUGAUCUGAUAUCCACUCCUUAUAAUAAUAAAUAAUAAUAAAACUUUAUUUAUAUGCCACCCUAUCUUCCCAUGGGGAAUUAACCCUAUUCUUGUGAUAGGGUUAAUAUAUUCAUGAGAAUACCUGAAUUUCGUCUAUUGACACCAUCAAAUUGAUUAGUUUUAUAGUAAUGACAUUUUGCAGUGAUGGUAAUACUGAGCAGGCUGGAAAACUGAUCAGCAACUGUCUAUGUGGAAUGAUGUAUUUAAUCAAAAUAUUAAAAACCCUGCUACAGAAGAUAUUCCAAAUAUGGUCAUAUGAGUGAAGACACUAAUCUGUUUUCUUCACACUUGUUCCAUAAGUCAGAAUCAGUGUGUCUGUGGUUGCCAUGGCUUACUUGAGCCUUAACCAGCUUUCAGGUAUUAAUGGGCGUGAAACAGGACCUGUUUUUUAUAGGCAUUCCAUGCAAUUUGCCUAUAUGGCUUUCUCUCCAUUCACACCAUAGACACUAGCUACUUUAGCAAAAGUGAGGCUGCUUGGAUAAACCAAGAACCUUCAUGUAAGACAGACAACAACUAAUGCCAUGCAUGUGAGUAAAGAAAGAGUUACAAAAUUGGAUUUAAAGAACAUACUUUUAUUAAUAUGGUGUACCAACAGAGUUGCUGUUGUGCAGUGGUUUAAGUGUUACUCUCUGGAGAUCAAGGUUCAAACCCAUACUUGCUAUGGAAACCUGCUGGGUAAUUUGGGGCGAGUCAUUCUUUCAACCUCCAGCUCCCAAAGAAAUCCUGUCAAGAAUGCCCCAUGAUAGCGUCGCCAUAUGUCUGAAACAACUUGAAGACAUACGACAGUAACAGACAGUUGUCAUGGAAAGUGAAUAAGGGAGCAAGUAUAGAGUGGCUAAUUAAAAACCAGAUGACAAAGCAGGGAACUUAUUUUUUUUGGACUUUUUAAACAUAGGGAAAAAGAGGGAUUUGUUCAAUAAUUAAAAUAAUUUUGAACCUAGAAUUGAUCUUCACAAAGAAAUAGCCACCAUUAAAUCCUUUGGACAAUGCUUCCCAUGGGUAAUAACUGCAAAGUGUAUUUCUUUUCUUGUGUCUCUUCAAAAAAGCACAUCCAAAAUGUUUACAGUGCAAGGACAAAUGCAGACUACCCAGAAAAUGUGUUACGAAAGAUACCUGUAAAAUUUUCCCUGUAAACAUCUGUUCAUAAGGGUUAUCUUCUGUUGUAAGAACAUAUGUGUAAAUUAUUACAAAACAAACUACUGUAAAAAGAGGCAAAGGAAAAUAAUCUCUAAAUGGUGACACGUUUUCCAAAUGUUUUCAGGGACUUAGGGUGUGUUGCCACUGUGUUUAGAUGAGCUACUCAUAUUUUUUGCUAGCUGAUAUUCCUAUUUUGUAAAUGUUUAGACGUUCUGUUUAUACAAGUUGAUCUUAACUAUAAAUAUUCAUGUAUUUUAUUCAUAAUAAAGUAUGGAUUUAUCUGUGAAAGUC